AUGAGUCUCUUUAACAUCAACUAUAGGGUUGGUGAAAUGGGCCCAGUGGAAGUUUCGUCAAGUCCAGAAUUGCUUCCUUCUCCAGUUCGACAGGACUUCCCAUUGGAAGAACCUCCUUGGAAGGUUAUUACAACAGAUGCCAGUUCUUUUGGAUGGGGUGCCCACUUCAAUUCCACAUGGACUCAAGGAAAGUGGACCCGAGAAGAGAGUCAGCUACACACAAAUCUAAGAGAACUGAGAGCUGUGACCAAGGCCAUCUUAGUGUUCCUACCACGGAUCUUAAAUUCUUGGGUACUGAUCAAAACAGACAACCGAGCAGUUGCUUCAUAUAUGAACAACCAAGGGGGCACAAGAAGCAGAUUGCUCUUGAAGGAACUGGCUCCCUUGAUGACAAUCGCCAUGCCCAAUCUACAGGGUCUGAAGGCGAUCUAUCUUCCAGGUUCGGAGAACAUGACUGUGGACUUCCUCAGCAGAAUGGAAAUUCUUCCGGGAGAAUGGAAACUUCACCCGGCAGUCUUUGCAUGGAUUGCCUGUCGAAUGCCUCAAAUUGGGGGUUUGGGUCUUGAAAAAGAAAGACUUCAACAACUAGGUCUCUCAGAAGAUGUGGUCAAUACCCUCUUGCAAUCAAGGAAAGCUUCUACUUCCUCAUGCUACCAUAGGAUCUGGGAUGUGUUCCGGGAAUGGGCUUCGGCCAAACACGUUUACUUCCUGUAUCCUCGCAAUACUGAAAUCUUGGAGUUCCUGCAAGAGGGUCUGGAGAAGGGCCUUAGUCUCAGCACUCUUAGGGAUCAGUCUUCGGCCCCUUCAGCUUCAUGCAACAUCUCAUGGACUUCAGAUCCUUUGAUCUCCAGCGUUCUGAGUCUUACAGAAAAACUGACCACCUCUUCGUUUUACCUUCAGGAGCCAGGAGAGGAGAUGGUAAACAUACACCCCAAACCUUUCUCGUGCUCUGAAUGUGGAAAAUGUUUUGUCACAAAAUCAGAGCUUGUCCGUCAUCAGAGAACUCACACAGGAGAGAAACCCUUCUCCUGUUCUGAAUGUGGAAAAUGUUUUGGGCAUCAUUCAAAUCUUCUUAGACAUCAAAUAACUCACACAGGAGAUAAACCGUUCGCAUGUUCUGAAUGUGGAAAAUGUUUUAGCUAUCACUCAACUCUUCGUACACAUCAGAGAACUCACACAGAAAAGAAACCGUUCUCGUGUUCUGAAUGUGGAAAAUGUUUUGUCACAAAAGCAGUGCUUGUCAGUCAUCAGAGAACACACACAGGAGAGAAACAAUUCUCGUGUUCUGAAUGUGAUAAAUGUUUUGUCACAAAAGCAGUGCUUGUCAGUCAUCAGAGAACUCACACAGGAGAGAAACCGUUCUCGUGUUCUGAAUGUGACAAAUGUUUUGUCACAAAAGCAGUGCUUGUCAGUCAUCAGAAAACACACACAGGAGAGAAACUGUUUACAUGUUCUGAAUGUGACAAAUGUUUGGUCACAAAAGCAGAGCUUGUCAGUCAUCAGAGAACUCACACAGGAGAGAAACCCUUCUCCUGCUCUGAAUGUGGAAAAUGUUUUGGGCAGCAUUCAAAUCUUCUUAGACAUCAGAGAACUCACACAGGAGAGAAACCGUUCGCAUGUUCUGAAUGUGACAAAUGUUUUGUCAGAAAUGCAGAGCUCGUCAGUCAUCAGAGAACACACACAGGAGAGAAACCGUUCUCAUGUUCUGAAUGUGGAAAAUGUUUUGUCAAAAAUACAGAUCUUGUCCGUCAUCAGAGAACUCACACAGGAGAGAAACCCUUCUCCUGCUCUGAAUGUGGAAAAUGUUUUGGGCAGCAUUCAAAUCUUCUUAGACAUCAGAGAACUCACACAGGAGAGAAACCGUUCACAUGUUCUGAAUGUGACAAAUGUUUUGUCAGAAAUGCAGAGCUCGUCAGUCAUCAGAGAACACACACAGGAGAGAAACCGUUCUCAUGUUCUGAAUGUGGAAAAUGUUUUGGCUAUCACUCAACUCUUCGUACACAUCAGAGAACUCACACAGGAAAGAAACCGUUCUCGUGUUCUGAAUGUGGGAAAUGUUUUGUCAAAAAUUCAGAUCUUGUCUGUCAUCAGAGAACUCACACAGGAGAGAAACCGUUCUCAUGUUCUGAAUGUGGAAAAUGUUUUGUCACAAGUGCAGAUCUUGUCCGUCAUCACAGAACUCACACAGGAGAGAAACCGUUCUCAUGUUCUGAAUGUGGAAAAUGUUUUGUCACAAGUGCAGAUCUUGUCCGUCAUCACAGAACUCACACAGGAGAGAAACCGUUCUCAUGUUCUGAAUGUGGAAAAUGUUUUGUCACAAGUGCAGAUCUUGUCCGUCAUCACAGAACUCACACAGGAGAGAAACCGUUCUCAUGUUCUGAAUGUGAAAUUUUUUUUCUCUCAAAUACAGAUCUUGUCCGUCAUCAGAGAACUCACACAGGAGAGAAACCCUUCUCCUGUUCUGAAUGUGGAAAAUGUUUUGGGUGGCAUUCACAUCUUGUCAGUCAUCAGAAAACUCACACAGGAGAGAAACCGUUCUCAUGUUCUGAAUGUGGAAAAUGUUUUGUCAUAAGUGCAGAUCUUGUCCGUCAUCACAGAACUCACACAGGAGAGAAACCGUUCUCAUGUUCUACAUGUGGAAAUUGUUUUGGGCAACAUUCAAAUCUUGUCCGUCAUCAGAGAACUCACACAGGAGAGAAGCCUUUCUUAUGUAGAGAGAAACCGUUCUCAUGUUCUGAAUGUGAUAAAUGUUUUGGGCAACAUGCACAUCUUGUCCGUCAUCAGAGAACACACACAGGAGAGAAACCCUUCUCCUGUUCUGAAUGUGGAAAAUGUUUUGGGCAGCUUACACAUCUUCUUGGACAUCAGAGAACUCACACAGGAGAGAAACCGUUCUCAUGUUCUGAAUGUGGAAAAUGUUUUGGGCACCAUUCACAUCUUGUCAGUCAUCAAAGAACACACACAGGAGAGAAACCCUUCUCCUGUUCUGAAUGUGGAAAAUGUUUUGGGCAGCUUACACAUCUUCUUGGACAUCAGAGAACUCACACAGGAGAGAAACCGUUCUCAUGUUCUGAAUGUGGAAAAUGUUUUGGCUAUCAUUUAACUCUUCUUAGACAUCAGAGAACUCACACAGGAGAGAAACCCUUCUCCUGUUCUGAAUGUGGAAAAUGUUUUGGGCAGCUUACAAAUCUUCUUGGACAUCAGAGAACUCACACAGGAGAGAAACCGUUCUCAUGUUCUGAAUGUGGAAAAUGUUUUGGCUAUCACUCAACUCUUCGUACACAUCAGAGAACUCACACAGGAGAGGAACCGUUCUCAUGUUCUGAAUGUGGAAAAUGUUUUGGGCACCAUUCACAUCUUGUCAGUCAUCAAAGAACACACACAGGAGAGAAACCCUUCUCCUGUUCUGAAUGUGGAAAAUGUUUUGGGCAGCUUACAAGUCUUCUUAGACAUCAGAGAACUCAUACAGCAGAGAAACCGUUCUCAUGUUCUGAAUGUGGAAAAUGUUUUGUCACAAAUACAGAUCUUGUCAGUCAUCAGAGAACACACACAGUAGAGAAACCGUUCACAUGUUCUGAAUGUGACAAAUGUUUUGUCACAAAUGCAGAGCUCGUCAGUCAUCAGAGAACACACACAGGAGAGAAACCGUUCUUAUGUUCUGAAUGUGGAAAAUCUUUUGGUUAUCACUCAACUCUUCGUACACAUCAGAGAACUCACACAGGAGAGAAACCGUUCUCAUGUUCUGAAUGUGGAAAAUAUUUUGUCACAAAAGCAGAGCUUGUCCAUCAUCAGAGAACUCACACAGGAGAGAAACCGUUCUCGUGUUCUGAAUGUGACAAAUGUUUUGUCACAAAAGCAGAGCUUGUCUGUCAUCAGAGAACUCACACAGGAGAGAAACCCUUCUCCUGUUCAGAAUGUGGAAAAUGUUUUGGGCAAAUUUCAAGUCUUCUUAGACAUCAGAUAACUCACACAGGAGAGAAACCCUUCUCCUGUUCUGAAUGUGGAAAAUGUUUUGGGCUGCAUUCAUAUCUUCUUAGACAUCAGAGAACUCACACAGGAGAGAAACCGUUCUUGUGUUCUGAAUGUGGAAAAUGUUUUGUCACAAAAGCAGAGCUUGUCCGUCAUCAGAGAACUCACACAGGAGAGAAACCGUUCUUGUGUUCUGAAUGUGACAAAUGUUUUUUCACAAAAGCAGAGCUUGUCAGUCAUCAGAAAUCUCACACAGGAGAGAAACCCUUCUCCUGUUCUGAAUGUGGAAAAUGUUUUGGGCUCCAUUCAUAUCUUCUUAUACAUCAGAGAACUCACACAGGAGAGAAACCCUUCUCCUGUUCUGAAUGUGGAAAAUGUUUUGGGCUGCAUUCAUAUCUUCUUAGACAUCAGAGAACUCACACAGGAGAGAAACCGUUCUUGUGUUCUGAAUGUGGAAAAUGUUUUGACAAAAAUUCAGAUCUUGUCCGUCAUCAGAGAACUCACACAGGAGAGAAACCGUUCUCAUGUUCUGAAUGUGGAAAAUCUUUUGGCUAUCACUCAACUCUUCGUACACAUCAGAGAACUCACACAGGAGAGAAACCGUUCUCAUGUUCUGAAUGUGGAAAAUGUUUUGGGCGACAAUCACAUCUUGUCCGUCAUCAGAGAACUCACGCAGGAGAGAAGCCUUUCUUAUGUAGUAAAUGUGGGAAAUGUUUUGCCAGAAAUAUGUAUCUUGUCAGUCAUCAGAGAACUCACACAGGAGAGAAACCCUUCUCCUGUUCUGAAUGUGGAAAAUGUUUUGGGCAGCUUACAAAUCUUCUUAGACAUCAGAGAACUCACACAGGAGAGAAACCCUUCUCCUGUUCUGAAUGUGGAAAAUGUUUUGUCACAAAUACAGAUCUUGUCAGUCAUCAGAGAACACACACAGGAGAGAAACCGUUCACAUGUUCUGAAUGUGACAAAUGUUUUGUCACAAAAGCAGAGCUUGUCCGUCAUCAGAGAACUCACACAGGAGAGAAACCGUUUACAUGUUCUGAAUGUGACAAAUGUUUUGUCACAAAAGCAGAGCUUGUCUGUCAUCAGAGAACUCACACAGGAGAGAAACCGUUCUCGUGUUCUGAAUGUGACAAAUGUUUUGUCACAAAAGCAGAGCUUGUCAGGCAUCAGAGAACACACACUGGAGAGAAACCGUUUACAUGUUCUGAAUGUGACAAAUGUUUUGUCACAAAAGCAGAGCUUGUCAGGCAUCAGAAAACUCACACAGGAGAGAAAACCUUUUCCUGUUCUGAAUGUGGAAAAUGUUUUGGGCAGCUUUCAAAUCUUGUCAGUCAUCAGAGAACUCACACAGGAGAGAAACCGUUCUCAUGUUCUGAAUGUGGAAAAUGUUUUGUCACAAGUGCAGAUCUUGUCCGUCAUCAGAGAACUCACACAGGAGAGAAACCGUUCUCGUGUUCUGAAUGUGGAAAAUGUUUUGUCACAAAAGCAGAGCUUGUCAGGCAUCAGAGAACACACACUGGAGAGAAACCGUUUACAUGUUCUGAAUGUGAAAAAUGUUUUGUCACAAAAGCAGAGCUUGUCAGGCAUCAGAAAACUCACACAGGAGAGAAACCCUUUUCCUGUUCUGAAUGUGGAAAAUGUUUUGGGCAGCUUUCAAAUCUUGUCAGUCAUCAGAGAACUCACACAGGAGAGAAACCGUUCUCGUGUUCUGAAUGUGACAAAUGUUUUGUCACAAAAGCAGAGCUUGUCAGGCAUCAGAGAACACACACUGGAGAGAAACCGUUUACAUGUUCUGAAUGUGACAAAUGUUUUGUCACAAAAUCAGAGCUUGUCAGGCAUCAGAAAACUCACACAGGAGAGAAACCCUUUUCCUGUUCUGAAUGUGGAAAAUGUUUUGGGCAGCUUUCAAAUCUUGUCAGUCAUCAGAGAACUCACACAGGAGAGAAACUGUUCUCAUGUUCUGAAUGUGGAAAAUGUUUUGUCACAAGUGCAGAUCUUGUCCGUCAUCAGAGAACUCACACAGGAGAGAAACCGUUCUCGUGUUCUGAAUGUGGAAAAUGUUUUGUCACAAAAGCAGAGCUUGUCAGGCAUCAGAGAACACACACUGGAGAGAAACCGUUUACAUGUUCUGAAUGUGACAAAUGUUUUGUCACAAAAGCAGAGCUUGUCAGGCAUCAGAAAACUCACACAGGAGAGAAACCCUUUUCCUGUUCUGAAUGUGGAAAAUGUUUUGGGCAGCUUUCAAAUCUUGUCAGUCAUCAGAGAACUCACACAGGAGAGAAACCGUUCUCGUGUUCUGAAUGUGACAAAUGUUUUGUCACAAAAGCAGAGCUUGUCAGGCAUCAGAGAACACACACUGGAGAGAAACCGUUUACAUGUUCUGAAUGUGACAAAUGUUUUGUCACAAAAUCAGAGCUUGUCAGGCAUCAGAAAACUCACACAGGAGAGAAACCCUUUUCCUGUUCUGAAUGUGGAAAAUGUUUUGGGCAGCUUUCAAAUCUUGUCAGUCAUCAGAGAACUCACACAGGAGAGAAACUGUUCUCAUGUUCUGAAUGUGGAAAAUGUUUUGUCACAAGUGCAGAUCUUGUCCGUCAUCAGAGAACUCACACAGGAGAGAAACCGUUCUCGUGUUCUGAAUGUGGAAAAUGUUUUGUCACAAAAGCAGAGCUUGUCAGGCAUCAGAGAACACACACUGGAGAGAAACCGUUUACAUGUUCUGAAUGUGACAAAUGUUUUGUCACAAAAGCAGAGCUUGUCAGGCAUCAGAAAACUCACACAGGAGAGAAACCCUUUUCCUGUUCUGAAUGUGGAAAAUCGUAUAGAUGUUCAGCAAAGCUUGUCCGUCAUCAGAUAACUCACACAGGAGAGAAACCGUUCUCAUGUUCAGAAUGUGGAAAAGGUUUUGGGCAACAUUCACAUCUUGUCCGUCAUCAGAGAACUCACACAGGAGAAAAACCGUUCUCAUGUUCUGAAUGUAAACAUUGUUUUAGUACAAAUGCAGAGCUUGUCCGUCAUCAGAGAACUCACACAGGAGAGAAACCGUUCUCAUGUUCUGAAUGUGAAAAAUGUUUUGUCACAAAGGCAAAGCUUGUCCGUCAUCAGAGAACUCACACAGGAGAGAAACCGUUCUCAUGUUCUGAAUGUAAAAAAAGUUUUAGUACAAAUGCAGAGCUUGUCCGUCAUCAGAGAACUCACACAGGAGAGAAACCGUUCUCAUGUUCUGAAUGUGAAAAAUGUUUUGUCACCAAAGCGCAGCUUGUUGGUCAUCAGAGAACUCACACAGGAGAGAAACCGUUCUCAUGUUCUGAAUGUGGUAAAUGUUUUGGGCUAAAAUCACAUCUUGUCAGUCAUCAGAGAACACACACAGGAGAGAAACCGUUCUCAUGUUCUGAAUGUGGAAAAUGUUUUGGGCACCAUUCACAUCUUGUCAGUCAUCAAAGAACACACACAGGAGAGGAACCGUUCACAUGUUCUGAAUGUGGAAAAUGUUUUGUCACAAAUGCAGAGCUAGUCUGUCAUCAGAGAACUCACACAGGAGAGAAACCGUUCUCAUGUUAUGAAUGUGGAAAAUGUUUUGGGCGACAAUCACAUCUUGUCCGUCAUCAGAGAACUCACACAGGAGAGAAACCGUUCUCAUGUUCUUAAUGUGGAAAAUGUUUUAGUACAAAUGCAGAGCUUGUCCGUCAUCAGAGAACUCACACAGGAGGGAAACCGUUCACAU